AUGCAGCGACUGUGUGCGUAUGUGCUCAUCUUGGUGCUGGCUCUGGCCACCUUCUCUGAAGCUUCUUGGAAGCCCCGCUCCCACCUGCAGGAUGCACCCUUGGGUCCAGGGGCCAGUAGGGGCCAGGAGCCACGUGGGCUGGACCAGUUGGGCCCAGCCUCUCACCACCGAAGGCAGCUGGGGCUCCAGGAUCCCUCACACUUGGUAGCAGACCUGUCCAAGAAGCAGGGACCAUGGGUGGAAGAAGAAGAAGAAGCAUAUGGCUGGAUGGACUUCGGCCGCCGCAGUGCCGAGGAAGGGGACCUAGGUCCCUAG